CAUCUGGGUCUCUGCGAUUUCCCUUCUCACUGGUUCAAUUCAAUUCCCCUGCUGCGUUUCUUCAAAUUUUGGAGCUUCAGAGAAGGAAAAAAAAGGCUCUUCCUUUACUCCCUAAUUUGUUGGUUGGGGAAAUUUGGGCUUUACUUUUUUCACUCCACAUUGCGCUGUCUGUUCUUGGGUUCGUUUUGCUCUGAGAGAUCUUUAGGGGGUGAGCUGGUUUUCCCCUUUCCUCGCGUUUUCUCGUUCUGUUUCCCUUCUUUCUCGUUCUGUUUCGUUGAUAAAUUGUUUGGAAUAUUCAUCUUUUUCACAAAAAAAAAAUUGUUCCAUUUGUCUAAAAUAGCUGAUGGGUACUUUGUUCUCUUCACCUUAGUCAUGGAUUCCCUUCCAUUUCUCCGCCUGAGGACAAAUUCACCCACCUUACUCCUCCUCUGAAUUUCACCUGCAGGCAACCAUCCGGCUGUUACUUCCUCCUUCCCAACCAUGAUGAGAGACUUCGGGAUAAUGAAUUCCCGGAGAAAGCAAACGGAAAAUUGUUUGGAUUCGCAGUUCUGGCACGCCUGCGCCGGCGGGAUGGUCCAAAUGCCGCCGUUGAACUCCAAAGUCUACUACUUUCCUCAGGGACACGCCGAGCAUGCACAGUCCAAUGGCGUCGAUUUCGGCCCUCAUCUCCAAAUCCCAGCAAUGGUGCCUUGCGAAGUCUCUGCCAUCAAUUACAUGGCAGAUCCCGAAACCGACGAGGUAUUUGCUAAAAUCAGGCUAAACCCAUCUGUCACAAACGCCGAUUUGGCGACAUUUGGAGAUGAUGGUGAUGAUGGUUUGUUCGGUGGGGUUAAUAACAAUGAUUCCUCUCAAGAAAAGCCAGCUUCUUUUGCUAAAACCCUAACUCAAUCUGAUGCAAAUAACGGCGGGGGAUUCUCUGUGCCUCGAUAUUGUGCGGAGACCAUAUUUCCAAGGCUGGAUUACAAUGCUGAACCUCCUGUGCAGACCAUUCUAGCUAAGGAUGUUCAUGGCCAGAUUUGGAAGUUCAGGCAUAUCUAUAGAGGAACCCCUAGAAGGCAUCUGUUGACCACUGGCUGGAGUAAUUUUGUGAACCAGAAGAAGCUUGUGGUUGGGGAUUCCAUUGUGUUUCUGAGGGCGGACAAUGGCGAUCUCUGCGUGGGGAUUCGACGUGCUAAGCGAGGGAUCGGAGGUGGGAAUGAGUGUCAAUCAUCAUCCGGGUGGAAUACCUAUGGAGGGUAUCCAGGGUUUAUGAGGGAGAAUGACUGUAACAAGUUGAGUAAUGAGCAGGUGAAAGGUAAAAUUAGUCCUCAGUCGGUUGUUGAGGCUGCUACUCUUGCUGCCAAGGGACAGCCCUUCGAGGUUGUGUACUAUCCCAGUGGGAAUUCGCCCGAGUUUUGUGUUAGAGCUUCCGCGGUUCGAGCUGCGAUGCGGAUUCAGUGGUAUUCUGGAAUGCGGUUUAAGAUGCCCUUCGAGACCGAGGAUUCGUCGAGGAUUAGCUGGUUCAUGGGUACCAUAUCUGCUGUUCAAGUUGCUGAGCCCAUUCGGUGGCCGAAUUCGCCAUGGCGCCUUCUACAGGUAGCUUGGGAUGAGCCCGAAUUGCUUCAAAAUGUGAAGCGUGUUAACCCGUGGUUGGUUGAAUUAGUCUCCCACAUGUCAGCCAUUCACCACCUUGCAGUACCCUUCUCGCCGCCAAGAAAGAAGCCGAGGUUCAUACAGACACCAGAUGAUUUCACCAUGAUGAUGGGCCACCUUCCUCUGCUGCCAUCAUUUACCCCCGGGAACUCGAUUAUGCCAAACAGUCCCUUCUUUUGUGUCCCAAACAACAACAUUCCUGCAGGCAUACAGGGAGCCAGGCAUCCGCAAUUCGACAUGUCCUCUUCUUCCCCUUCAGAUCUCCGCUUCAACAAGCAGUUGCAGAUGGGUUCGCUACCUUUCGAAUCUCAGCAGCGACUCGAUGGAGCUGCAUCAGGUCCAAAGAUACCCUUCACAGCAGCCAAGACCGAUAGCGACGAUGACAAUGUAUCUUGCCUGCUCACAAUGGGAAGCACCCAAUAUACUAGUAGUCCUCCAAAGGAAACAACAAAGACUUCUCCUCACAUUUUCUUGUUUGGUCAGCUCAUUCUACCUGAUCGCCCGGGUUCUCUCCAUAGCUGCUCCGACGAGUCAAAUUGCAACAGUGCCUCUGUCAGUAAUGCAGAGAAGAUGACCACGAAUGUCUCGGAGGCUUCUGGUUCUUCGGUGUACCAGAAUGUCCCCCUGGAGAAUUCCUCCGACACAGGGUCUGCUCCUUGCGAGUUCUCAAAGAUGGGGAGAAAGCCAGCGAAUUUGGGGUCGACAUCUUAGGAAAUCAGAUGAAGAGAAGGAUUGUAGGAGGAAGAGGAGGGAUUGUCCAAUGAGUCUCUCAAAAUGUACAUUAUAAAAUGCUGAAAAUCUCAAGCUUUUUUUUCUUUUGCAUAUUCUUGGCCAUGACUCUGCUUCAGCCAUGAGCAUGAAAUGUGAUGAGGAUUCAACUUAAAGACUCCGGAUUAUAUAUCUGCUUAAUUUCACAUACCAUAUUAAUUCAGACGAAUUCGAUCUCAGAUCGCUCUCC